CCUGAGGGCUGGUGUAUAGGAGUUCAAAGCAUUGGCUUUGGAACCGGCCUGUCUGGGUUUGAAUCCUGGCACUGCAGCUGACUCACUGAGGGACUCAGGCAAUGCCUUACCCUUCCUGAGCCUCAGGUUCCUUGUCUGUGAGAUGAUAAAGAUAGCCCCUGUUUCAUAGGGCUGUGGUGAGAAAUCAAUCAGACGAGGCAUGUGGAUGCCAUUAUAGCACAGCACCCGGCAUCCAGCAGGACUCACUCGAUGACAGCUGUCACCGCCAUCAUUGUCAUUAGCGUGGGCCAGGGAGGGCUGUGUAAAAGCAGCUGGUGGAGGAGGAAGAGAUGCUGUGUGACCGUCUCAGUUCACAUGCAUGAAGUAUGAUCUGGGCCUGGAGUGUGCAAUGCACACGUGUGUCCUUACUGCAUGUGUUGUCACAUAGGUGCAAUGCCAUGCUCCUGAGCCUUUGAUUGCAGACGUGUGGGAAGUGGGCCCCGUCCCCACCCCCAGUGCCACCGUGCUCUGCUUCUCUUCCCUUGCUCUGCUCUAAAACGAGAAGUGCAAGUGAGUUCCCCCAAGGGGUCGGCCGCGCCUCUUCCUGUCCCCGCCCUGCCGGCUGCCCCAGGCCAGUGGAGUGGCAGCCCCAGAACUGGGACCACCGGGGGUGGUGAAGCCGCCUGGCACUGGGAGCUGCAUUUGAGGCUUAGUCCCUGAGUUCUCCGCCUGCCCAGACUAGCUGCACCUCCUCAUUCCCUGCGCCCCCUUCCUCUCCGGAAGCCCCCAGGAUGGUGAGGUGGUUUCACCGAGACCUCAGUGGGCUGGAUGCAGAGACCCUGCUCAAGGGCCGAGGUGUCCAUGGUAGCUUCCUGGCUCGGCCCAGUCGCAAGAACCAGGGUGACUUCUCGCUCUCUGUCAGGUAGGUGGGCCCCCCCACCCCCGGCGUUUUCGCCACUAUCUUGUGCCAUCCAGGCCCUGAACCACUCAUUCCUGGUUCCCCAUGGCAGUGCCGACUCCCCGAUCCCCACGCCCCGUCUGUGCCCUCGCCCCUCACCCCUGCCCUCCCCAUCCCUGUCUGUGCCCACCCAUGCCCAUGUGUGCCCCCACCCAGGACCUCAGCCGAUCCCUGCCCUCCUGCCUUACUCCUGCACCGACUGGCCUCACCGCCUGGUGCCCUGCAGGGUGGGGGAUCAGGUGACCCAUAUUCGGAUCCAGAACUCAGGGGACUUCUAUGACCUGUAUGGAGGGGAGAAGUUCGCGACGCUGACAGAGCUGGUGGAGUACUACACUCAGCAGCAGGGCGUCCUGCAGGACCGCGACGGCACCAUCAUCCACCUCAAGUACCCGCUGAACUGCUCCGAUCCUACCAGUGAGAGGUGGUACCAUGGCCACAUGUCUGGAGGGCAGGCAGAGACGCUGCUGCAGGCCAAGGGCGAGCCCUGGACGUUUCUUGUGCGUGAGAGCCUCAGCCAGCCCGGAGAUUUUGUGCUAUCUGUGCUCAGUGACCAGCCCAAGGCUGGCCCAGGCUCCCCGCUCAGGGUCACCCACAUCAAGGUCAUGUGUGAGGGUGGACGCUACACAGUGGGUGGUUCAGAGACCUUCGACAGCCUCACGGACCUGGUGGAGCACUUCAAGAAGACGGGAAUUGAGGAGGCCUCAGGUGCCUUUGUCUACCUGCGGCAGCCGUACUACGCCACGAGGGUGAAUGCGGCUGACAUUGAGAACCGAGUCUUGGAACUGAACAAGAAGAAGCAGUCCGAGGAUACAGCCAAGGCUGGCUUCUGGGAGGAGUUUGAGAGUUUGCAGAAGCAGGAGGUGAAGAACUUGCACCAGCGUCUGGAAGGGCAGCGGCCAGAGAACAAGGGCAAGAACCGCUACAAGAACAUUCUGCCCUUUGACCACAGCCGAGUGAUCCUGCAGGGACGUGACAGUAACAUCCCUGGGUCCGACUACAUCAAUGCCAACUACAUCAAGAACCAGCUGCUAGGCCCUGAUGAGAACACUAAGACCUACAUCGCCAGCCAAGGCUGUCUAGAGGCCACGGUCAAUGACUUCUGGCAGAUGGCGUGGCAGGAGAACACCCGCGUCAUCGUCAUGACCACCCGAGAGGUGGAGAAAGGCCGGAACAAAUGUGUCCCAUACUGGCCCGAGGUGGGCACUCAACGCAUUUAUGGGCCCUACUCUGUGACCAACUGCGGGGAGCAUGACACGACCGAAUACAAACUCCGCACCUUACAGGUCUCCCCACUGGACAAUGGGGACCUGAUUCGGGAGAUCUGGCAUUACCAGUACCUGAGCUGGCCCGACCAUGGGGUCCCCAGUGAGCCUGGGGGUGUCCUCAGCUUCCUGGACCAGAUCAACCAGCGGCAGGAAAGUCUGCCUCAUGCAGGGCCCAUCAUCGUACACUGCAGCGCCGGCAUUGGCCGCACGGGCACCAUCAUUGUCAUCGACAUGCUCAUGGAGAACAUCUCCACCAAGGGCUUGGACUGUGACAUUGACAUCCAGAAGACCAUCCAGAUGGUGCGGGCGCAGCGCUCGGGCAUGGUGCAGACAGAGGCGCAGUACAAGUUCAUCUACGUGGCCAUCGCCCAGUUCAUUGAAACCACCAAGAAGAAGCUGGAGGUCCUACAGUCGCAGAAGGGCCAGGAGUCGGAGUACGGGAACAUCACCUACCCCCCAGCCAUGAAGAACGCCCAUGCCAAGGCCUCCCGCACCUCGUCCAAACACAAGGAGGAUGUGUAUGAGAACCUGCACAGUAAGAACAAGAGGGAGGAGAAAGUGAAGAAGCAGCGGUCAGCAGACAAGGAGAAGAGCAAGGGUUCCCUCAAGAGGAAGUGAGCGGCGCUGUCCUCAGGUGGCCAUGCCUCAGCCCUGAACCUGCGGAAGCCUUCCACGGUGGACAGACUCACAACCUGAAUCUAGGAGCGCCCCAUUCUAUUGUAAUUUAAAUGGCUGCAUCCCCCCACCUCUCCCUGACCCUGUAUAUAGCCCAGCCAGGCCCCAGGCAGGGCCAACCCUUCUCCUCUUGUAAAUAAAGCCCUGGGAUCACUGUG